AUGAAGCUGCAGGCCGUGAUGGAGACGCUCCUGCAGCGGCAGCAGCGGGCGCGCCAGGAGCUGGAGGCCCGGCAGCCACUGCUGCCCGAGCCCCCCGCCGGCCCCCCGGCCCUCUCCAAGGCUGCCUCGGACGAGGACAGGGACCCCGAGAACUCCCGGAUGCAGCAGGCGCAGAUGGCCGCCCUGGCCGCCAUGCGGGCUGCUGCCGCCGGCCUCGGACCCGCACCGAGUCCCAGUGGCUCCGAGGACAGGCCCCCCACCUCCGAGGAUGAGGACGCCGCCCAGGAGGGGCCGCCCGGCUCCCCCGGUCGAGGCAGGGAAGCGCCAGAUCAUGCCGGAGGCGACAGGCACUUCGAGGACGUGGGCUCUGAUGAUGACCUGAAGCAAAAAUGGGAAGAGGAGGAAGAGGAGGAAGAGCUGGAGGAAGACUUGGGGGAUGAGGACGAGGAGGACGAGGAGGAAGACUAUGAGGAUGAGGAGGGGCUCGGGCCCCCGGGCUCGGCUGGCUUGGGCCCCGCAGCCCUGUUUGCCCACAAGACCCAGCUGCCCCAGGCCUUCCGCGGUGGCGACGGCGGGCCCCGGGUGAUGGGCAGCCAGGAGCGCCCAGGGGCCGGGCCAGCCCACCCCGGAGGGUCCGCCCACGUGGUACCCCAGCUGCAGCCUCCUGACCACGGGGACUGGACGUACGAGGAGCAGUUCAAGCAGCUCUACGAACUGGACGGGGACCCCAAGAGGAAGGAGUUCCUGGACGACUUGUUCAGCUUCAUGCAGAAGCGAGGGACGCCUGUGAAUCGGAUCCCCAUCAUGGCCAAGCAGGUGCUUGACCUGUUCAUGCUGUACGUGCUGGUGACGGAGAAGGGUGGCCUGGUGGAGGUCAUCAACAAGAAGCUGUGGCGCGAGAUCACCAAGGGCCUCAACCUGCCCACGUCCAUCACCAGCGCCGCCUUCACCCUGCGGACCCAGUACAUGAAGUACCUGUACCCCUACGAGUGUGAGAAACGCGGCCUCAGCAACCCCAACGAGCUCCAGGCGGCCAUCGACAGCAACCGGCGGGAGGGCCGGCGCCAGAGCUUCGGGGGCUCCCUCUUCGCCUACUCACCAGGGGGUGCCCACAGCAUGCUCUCCUCCCCCAAGCUGCCCGUGUCCUCCCUGGGCCUGGCCACCAGCACCAACGGCAGCUCCAUCACCCAGGCCCCCAAGAUCAAGAAAGAGGAGGACUCGGCCAUCCCCAUCACCGUCCCCGGCCGCCUGCCAGUCUCCCUGGCAGGCCACCCCGUGGUGGCAGCCCAGGCAGUGGCAGUGCAAGCAGCAGCAGCCCAGGCAGCCGUGGCCGCGCAGGCGGCUGCCCUGGAGCAGCUCCGGGAGAAGCUGGAGUCGGGGGAGCCUCCGGAGAAGAAGAUGGCCCUGGUGGCUGACGAGCAGCAGCGGCUCAUGCAGCGAGCGCUCCAGCAGAACUUCCUGGCCAUGACAGCCCAGCUGCCCAUGAGCAUUCGCAUCAACAGCCAAGCCUCGGAGAGCCGCCCAGACUCAGCUGCAAACUUGACCAGCACCAAUGGCAGCAAUAGUAUUAGCAUGUCAGUGGAGAUUAACGGAAUUAUGUAUACAGGAGUGCUGUUUGCUCAGCCACCAGCCCCCACACCAGCCUCCGCUCCCAGCAAAGGCGGUGGUGGCAGCAGCCGGGGAGGAAACAGUGGGACCAGUAGCAGCAGCGCGGGCAGCCAGGCCGGGCCAGCGGGGUUAUCCGCACCCCCAACGUCUUCUACCUCAAAUAACUCAUUGCCUUAA